UUUACCAUUCUGUUCUCCUAUGUUUUAACUAACCUGUUAUCCAUCCUGUUGUCCUAUGUUUUAACUAUCCUGUUAUCCUAUGUUUUAACUAUCCUGUUAUCCUAUGUUUUAACUAACCUGUUAUCCAUCCUGUUAUCCUAUGUUUUAACUAACCUGGUAUCCUAUGUUUUAACUAUCCUGUUAUCCUAUGUUUUAACUAUCCUAUUAUCCUAUGUUUUAACUAUCCAGUUAUCCUAUGUUUUAACUAACCUGGUAUCCUAUGUUUUAACUAUCCUGUUAUCCUAUGUUUUAACUAACCUGUUAUCCUAUGUUUUAACUAUCCUGUUAUCCUAUGUUUUAACUAACCUGUUAUCCUAUGUUUUAAGUAUCUAUAAAAGUUAUGAGAAAUUCUAUGUCCUAUUUAACAAUGUCGACUCUAUAAAUCAAUAA